CUCUACUAUUCGGUAUUAAUAGUAAAUAUAUUUUUUAAAUACAGCAUUUAUAUGCUUACUCAGUACAAAUGCCUAGCAAGAAAAUUGCUUAACUAUUGUGUCAAUCUUCUUGUAUAUAUAUAUAUAUAUAUACAUAUAUGUAUGUACAUUAUGAACGAUAUAUAUCUUUUUUAAUCAAAGAUUUUCUCUGCAUAUUGUUUCAAUAAUUAGUAUUUUAUGUUUUGUAAUUAAACAAAACAUAACAAACGUAACAAAAUAAAACAAUAACUUAGAGAAAGCCUUGUGUGUUCAAAAAUUUAUGAAGUAAUUUCUCUCGAUAUUAUAAGAUAAAUAUAUUUAUUUUAUAUAUCCUAUUAAAUAAGGCUGUAAUAACUUUUUGUAUAAUAAGUGCAUUAUAUUAUUCUAUUAUGAUUUUGUAUUCAACCUUGUUUUGUUUUUUAUACCUUUCAACAAUAUUAAAAAUUAAAAGAUUGGAGUACCACAAUAUCAUCACUAGUAUUAUUACAGUGAUAGGAAAAUACCUUCUCAACAUGAGGCAUCAAACUCUGUUCAGGAGAAUUCACAGAAAAGAUAUUUGGAGAAUUCGAAUAUAACACUAGGUCAAAUGUUUCUGAUUUUAUUCGAUGUUUUACAAGAACUUUUGUUUACCGAAGUCAAUGAAAAACCAUCUUUGAGCCAUAAAGUAUCUGCGAUCGGGGAUACAUCAAUUGACGCCAACAACAACGAUUUUCAUACGAUAAUUACUCGCAAUAUUAAGCAACAUGAUUUUGCUACAGGAACAACGAAAGAUUUCGAAACCGAUUAUUGUUCUCUUCGAUCGGCCGCCGUUUGCCCCAAGAAUUGUGAUGUUGCAUGUCGAAAAAAAUCUGCAACCAUUUCAACGAAAGAUGCCGGUUCAUCGAUGAAAAACGCAUUUGAUACUGCUUCCUAUCCUAUGAUUCACGAGGAGUACAAAAAAUCGUCGUAUCGAGAUAUUAGUAAAGAUUUUUGUGUAAGCAAUAUAACAGUUGCCUAUGAGGCAUUAAAUUGUAGCAUAUCGUAAUAUCAAUGGUUUUUAUUUAGGCAGAAA